GCGCUCCGCAUUAACAGACGUUCUACGUGUGAUAUUUUCUUGGUGGAAAUGUUUUUUUUGUGAGAUUUAAGAAUUUGAUGAUCAGUGACUUUUACGUGUGACUGUGUAUUUUGAAAGUACACAGUGAGUGAAGUUUAGUUUAUCGUGUGUGUAGCUUCUGUACUUUUUUAAAAUAAGUAAUCUUUGACUUGUACUUUUGACAAUUUGCAAAUAUUGCUCGUAAGCAAUUAAUUUCAGUGUUAAAAUAUAUUGUUAAAUAAAAAUAGGAGAAGUUUUUGACGUUAAAAUUACGCUUGUUACUUUUGACUUUUGUAAAAAUCGAACUAGUUCACGAACUACAAAUCUUUCAGAUGUGCGUGACGUAAACCAUGAACUCUAUUUAGUACGUUUCCAGAAAAUGGUCGGAUUGUGUGUCGAAGUUAAUUCUGACACGUAUUUUGCUGUGAAACGUAAAUAAUUUGUGAAAAGUGAAUGAUGCCGAUAUAAUAUUUAUAUUUUGUAGAAAAAGAAUAUAAUAAAUACCUAGAAAUGGAGUUCCGAGAAACGUUAUUGGCUGCUCAGCGAAAUCAACAUCAACAAUCAUCUAGCAAAUCAUUCUACAAAGCAAGAUUCGAUCCUCCGAAAAAAGAGCAGAAACAGAAAGAUAAACUGUCCGCUAAUAUAUUGAAAUUUUUGGCAAAAAAAGAUGAGGAGGAGAAACAGAAGAAGCUGGAGGCACAAAGAAAGCGGGAGGAGCUGCUCGCCAUGCGCGACCCCAAGGCCCUGCGGAAGAUACAGAAGACUCUGAAGGUCAUCAAGUCCGCCAACAAGUCUGUGCUAGCGGACGCGGUGGACCACGACAACACAGCGGUCACCCGGGAGGGCCCCGACCAGCCCGACCAGGAUGACUAUGGCUACGAGUCCCAGGAAGCGGCUGCAAUAUACGAAAAAAUGAUGCAAAAGUACAGCAAAAUACCAGAUCAACCAAAAUUUCCUGUCGGCAACAGCUCGGUCAAGAAAGAUUUGAAAGGGACUAUGGAGAGAGUCAAACACGCACUGCAGCAUGAGGAGGAGCCUGUUCCCCAUAAAAGGAGGCGUAAAGGAGGAACUGGAGAAAAAGAAGAUAGUCCUACAAGAUAUGAACCAGAAAAAGAGAAGAAAAAAGAGGAAUCUAAAUCUGAUAAGCCCAAGUUUCGGAAACCUGCACCACCUCCUAUGGAUUUCAAUCAGCUGCUAAAACUUGCAGAGCAAAAAAAGAGUGAGCCAAUAGAAGUUGGAGCUAAAAAAGUUGUUUCUGAGUCAGAACCAGAGAGGCCCAUGACCAAAAGGCAAAGGCGGGAGUAUGAAGAGGAAAUGGCGCGGCGACAGAGGCGCCAAGAACGUUUAGAUGCGGAAAAAGGCGGCAAACGAGUGACAAAAGAAGACAAGUCUGAAAGAGAAAGGAAGCUAGAAACAAGUGGAAUUGGAAGAAUCCCAAAAAUAGGUGAUAAAAAUUCUAACAACAUUAGGAAUGACACUCCAAAACUCGCAGACAGAGACAAAAUGACAAGUGAAAGAGAUAGAGUUCAGCGAGAUAAAGAUAGAGGAAAAUUAGAACAAGAUAAAGGAGAUAGAGAUAGAGAAAGAUUAGAAAAGCUGAAAGCAGAGAGGGAGAGAAUAGACAGAGAAAUGGAAAGAAUUGCCAGAGUUGACAAAUUGAAGGCAGAAAGAGAGAGGAUAGAAAGAGACAUUGAAAGGUUAAAUAGAGACAAAGAGAGGCUGGAGAAGACUAAAUCAAAAUUAGAAAGUGGAAAUGUAGAUAUAGAUAGGUCUAAACUUAUUUCCAAAGAUAGUGGAAAAGAUAUAAAAAAGAACAUAGAUUUGAAGAGUCAGAAUACUUAUAGGAUAGACAAAAACUCCAAUGAAAAGAAGUUUACAAUUCCAAGCAAGAAUAGUAAUGGAAAAUAUCUCAAUGGUGACAGCUCUCAUGGAAAACCAGUGCCAAAAAGUAGUAAGGACCAAGCGCCAUUAAAGAAUGAAAUGAAGGACAAGCAAAAGGCUUUGUCUGCUAAUGGAUCUCUGAAAAGCAACAAUGAAAAUAUUAGAAAGCCCUCUGAUUUGGGCAAGGGUGGCAAGAAACCUGAUGAUAGAGUUUUACAGGGUAAAUCGCAGGCUGGUCCGAGCAAACCAAAAAUGUCCAGUUUUGAUUUCGACAAACACAUCAAAGAUAUUGGCGCCAAAACUGGCGGCAAGCAGAACGGCGCGCGACAUUUCCCGCCCGGAGACAUUCGUCGAAAGCAGCACCCAGAUGACAGGAAGAAAGCAAAACGUCGCCUGGAUUCGGAUUCUGAAUAUGACUCUGAAAUGGAUGACUUUAUUGAUGAUGGAGAUGAGAACUUGGAUUAUUCAAGACAUAUUAAAGAAAUAUUUGGAUAUGAUAGAUCAAAGUACCGGGAUAUGGAUGAUGAUGACGACCCGACCAUGGAGUCCAGUUUUGCAAGACAACAGCGGGAAGAAUAUAUCAGCAAGAAAAUUGGUAUCAUGGAAGACUUAGAAGACAUGAAAAUGGAAGCAAUGGAAAAGAAAAAGGCAAAAAAGAAACGCCGCAUUAGCGACGAUUGAUCUGACCCGAACCUGGGCCGCGGUCAGCCUCCCGGACCAAGAUUAAUACAAUGCUUAAAUCUGUAUAUUUAUAUAAUCUUAUGUACUGAGUACCUAUAUUUUAAUAUUGCUAUAUUAUGUGAUUAUUGCAUAUUUAAUUUAACUAUAUAUAGGUGACAGUGGCUUAUUGGUCUCAUCCUAGAAAAUUGUUCUGGUCCUACUUGUGUAUUAUGAGAGUAUAAUAAUCCCGUCUCUAGUGCUUUGAGGUGGUCACGAUAAAUCAUUACAGGGUAACGGUAGCAUUAUCGUAACGUUCAAAUCCAGUGAUUGCCAAGAUUUUUUUCAUACUUAUAUGGCCAGAUUAUAUUAUAAUGUCAUUCACGAGUACGAUAAUGCUUCUGAGAAGUCCCGAUGUAUUAUUUUACACUAACAUAACGGCGUAAUCAAUGUUAGCAUGUUUGCCGAUCACAGAGUUUAAUGCCGUUUUCUUUUAAUGAACUGUUGUUUGAUUCUUGUUUUAUAUAUUUAUGCUUAGCAGAACAAAGUUUGUAUCGGUUUAUUUAAUGAUUUCAUCAUCAUAAUCAUAAUGAUCACAGUAAUAUUGUCAGUAAUUCAUAGAAUAGUCUUUUAAGGGGUUCAAUGUUCAUUUUGUAAAUGUAAUAAAUACACAAUUUUAUUUGUAAAUAAAUUUAGAAAUAA